AUGAAUCAACAAUGUAAAGUAUGCGGGGAACCAGCGGCAGGUUUUCAUUUUGGAGCUUUUACCUGUGAAGGAUGCAAGUCGUUCUUCGGCCGCACGUACAACAAUUUGUCAUCGAUAUCGGAAUGCAAAAACAACGGCGAGUGUAUCAUCAACAAGAAAAACCGAACCGCCUGCAAGGCGUGCCGGCUGCGCAAAUGUCUCGUGGUUGGAAUGUCGAAGAGUGGAUCGCGGUACGGUCGACGAUCGAACUGGUUCAAAAUUCACUGCCUGCUACAAGAGCAGCAACAGCAACAGCAGCAGCAACAACAACAGCAGAAGAGCGCCGGUAACAACAACAAUAACAAUCUUACGAGCAACAACAAUGCUACCAACAAUAGCAUCACCGUUGCGACGAGCAACAGCACCAACGGCACUGAAAACAGUGAUAAUAGUACCAGCUCGCCGGGCUUGUCGAUCUCCAACGGAUUUAUGUCGAACAGCUUCCUGUCGAACCUUUGCAACAACAACAACAACAACAACAACAAUAACAGCGUCAUAAACAACAACAACAAUAACAGCUGCAAAACAAUGAAAAAAGGUCUAAAGCGAGCCAGCACUCCCAGCGACUCCGGCGCUUCGUCCGCAGAUCCAGAUGAAGGUGUUGGUGGAGGAGGAGGAGGAGGAGGAGGUGAAGGAGGUGGAGGAGGAGGUGGAGGAGGAAGAGGAGUAGGAGGCGGUGCCGAGAGCAUUGGAGGAGUCGGGCCCGUCUUUAAGGACCAUCUGCUCGAUGCCAGCCCGGACCUGAAUGGACUGGGAAAAUCGGAGAUCAGCCUGUCGAAGUUGCCGCCAAAAAUUUCCCGUACGCCCCCGGCGUCGUCAGCACUCCAAUCGCUCGGUGACACUUACCGUCCCUUCCUUCUUGAGCGAAUGUCCCCCUACCUCCCCGGAGUCCACCUGCGGCCCGACGGCUCUCCCUUCUUCUCAGUGGGGUUCUCGUUGCCGCCUGUACCGCUGGCGAUACUUUCCUCCAGCCAUAGCAAUCGCGACGAGCAAAGUGAACCCAUCGACCUUUCCAUGAAGUCUAAGUCAUCGUCGCGAUCGGCGUCCUCGGAGUCGCCGCUGCGAAUAGACACUAAAUCGCCACUGCUGGUCGAUCCGGGUGAUCCCACCGGGAAACUGUCACCGUCGAGUUCGCUGGCGCCCAAACCAGUUCCUCUGGAUCUAUCCACGUUCGUGCGAAGCAGAGCCCUCUCGGGGUGA